CUUCCGGUCUAAACAAGUUGUUGUCAAAACACGCAAAAUGAAUGAUAAUCAAGAAAAGUCUACAUUUUCCGCACAGCCAGGGGACACAGACUUCACAAAUAUAUCAUUGGAGACAGAAGUUCCUUUGAAGAAGAAGAAGGUUCCGCGUCGGCUGAUCCACUUCAGUGAUGGGGUGCUGGAGGAAUAUUCUACUGACGAAGAGGAAGAUCAGCCUCCUCCGCCACCCCCUGUCAACCCAAGAACCCUUCACUGGGGACCUUGGAUGUGGCACUAUGCAUCAACGGCAGCUUUAAAGACUCUCGGAGUUGCUGAUACCUGUGGUGAAAAGCUAGCCUGGUUUUUCGGGAUAACAUCACCCAAAUAUCAGUCAGCUAUUGAUGAGUUCUACAGACUGAAGACAGAGGAGGAGAGAGAGGAGGAGCAGCUCCGUCGCUACCAGGAGAGAAUGGCUGGGCUAAAGACUGUGGAUGUUUGCGUGCAGGAUGGGGCUGGAGAUAUAGUGAAAGAUAAACAGAAUGUUGGAGAUACUGCAUACACACAGAACGUAGAAAAAUUCUGAAAUCUGAACAUUUUUUAAGAAAUCUUAAUUAUUUCUGAUGUCUAUGAAAGAGAAUUGCAAGAUCAGGUAGAUUUACAUGUAAUAGGGGGCACACGAAAUGUGGAACAAUUGAAAGACUUCACAUUGAGGAGCCUCAUGGAGUUUUUACAUAGUGCCUAAAGCAGUGUAAACCAACGGUGUCAGAACAAAUUGUGAUACUGUCCAGAAAAUCUGCAGGCUAUGGCCAAAUGUCUCUAAAACUUUCUAAUUAAUCUGCAUGCUACGUUACUAUCUAGUAAAUCUGCAUGCUACGUUACUAUCUAGUAAAUCUGCAUGCUACGUUACUAUCUAGUAAAUCUGCAUGCUACGGUACUAUCUAGUAAAUCUGCAUGCUACGUUACUAUCUAGUAAAUCUGCAUGCUACGUUACUGUCUAGUAAAUCUGCAUGCUACGUUACUAUCUAGUAAAUCUGCAUGCUACGUUACUGUCUAGUAAAUCUGCAUGCUACGUUACUGUCUAGUAAAUCUGCAUGCUACGUUAUUGUCUAGUAAAUCUGCAUGCUACGUUACUUUCUUGUAAAUCUGCAUGCUACGUUACUGUCUAGUAAAUCUGCAUGCUACGUUAUUGUCUAGUAAAUCUGCAUACUACGUUACUGUCUAGUAAAUCUGCAUGCUACAUUACUUUCUAGUAAAUCUGCAAACUUUGUCUGAAUUACUAGCAUCUUGUAGCCUUUGCCUACUUAAUGUGAUCUUUUAAUCGUUUGUCAUUCUUCUUAAACAUAUAUAUAACUAUUUGUUUUUCAAAAAGUGACUUCAACACUCCCAAUUAAUGUUUAGUUAGAUGGAUUAUGGCCUGAAGAAAUACCCGGUAGGAAUAAGUUAUCUAAAUAAAACUUUUUUCAUUUAAUUAAAGAAAUGGAGGGGGCGAAAGUUCAACCAUUUUUAGCUUGUAUAUAUUUUCAAAUAUCUUUUUUCCCCAUCUCUUGAUGGAGUACUCGUUGACUUUAUAAUUUUUAGCCCUCUCCAAACUUUACACAUUUCACUUAGUUUGAUGCAAUACAAAAAGCAUCUUUUUUGUGUGUCAAUAUAUGAUUAUUGUUUUUGGACUAACAAUUUUUUUUUCUGGUCACUCAAUGUUGUGUCUAUUCAUUUUGCGCUAUAGACAGUUACUGAACUAUAAUAUGCCACAUAGUUAUUGUUAUACUUAACUUCUGAACAAUUAAACUUCACAAAGACAGAAUGCAAGAGAACAUUAUCUUGUGUUACAGUAUCAUAUCUUGGUUAUAUAUGGUACAUGUAUCUGUUGUUAUUGCAUUGCCUAACUUGCAUAUCUUACUUUUUGGCCUGCCCUUAAGCUACAGGGGUUAUUUAAAGCAUUGCUGAUAGUCAUCAUACAUGAACAUAUAAAGAAUAUUAAAACUGAAAUAGUUGAUAGGUGAUCUAAAUGACAUAUUAACUUUGUGAUAAGCCAGAAAACUUGCCAAAAUACACUGCUAGUAUCAAUAUUUAGAAAACAAUAGGAUAUUUCAGUACAAGAGGGAUAUGUGUUUUUAAUGACAUCUGAAUGUGAAAACAGUUGUUUUGAUAAAUGACUCUUAAUUAUACCCAAAGAUAUAUUUUAUUGGGGGCUUUAUAGGAGUUGUGCAUGUAUUGCCAUACAUAUUGCUCCUACAAACAUGGAACUUCACAGGAGUGUUGGCAAACAUGCUAAAUUGUGCACCUGCAAUUUGUGUGACAUUUCACUUCUUCUGAAUGAGUAAUGGCCCUUGACUUGGUCUGAAAAAUCUUGUGAUGCAUGUCACUCAAAGUAUUGCACCUACACUCUUGAACUUUUGUAGGAAUGUUGGUCAAGAAGGGAAAUUGUGCACCUGCAAAUUGUGAUAUUUCACUUGGUCUAACAAAGUGCUCAUCAUGAGCUAUUGUAAUUGGGUGUUUGUCUGUUGUCUGUCGUAAUGCUUUGUCCGUUCGUGGUCAACAUUUUCCUUUAACUAUUCCUCAUAAACCACUCUGACAAUUUUGACCAAAGUUCUCAGUAAUGUUCUUUGGUUGGUCCUCUUUCAGAUUUCUUCAAUAAAAGAAGUUCCAUGCAGAACAACAGAAGGAAAAACUUUGAAAAUCUUGUCAGAAACUGCUGGCCUGAUUUCCAAAUAAUUUACAGAAAUGUUCCUUAGGUGACCCUGUAUCAAAUUACUUCACCCGAUGUUGAUUAGUAAAAAGUCCAGGGGCGGGGCUACUUUUCACUAUAUGUCUAUAUGGAAAACUUUGAAAGUCUUCUCAAAAGGCACUUGCCUGAUUAAAAUAAUUUCACAGAAAUGUUCCUUUGAUGAUCUUCUAUCAGAUUCCUUCACCCCAUGUUGAUUUGUAAAAAAAACAUGGCUGCCAGGGGGGAGGCUAUUUUGUACUAUAUGCCUAUAUUUAUAGAAAACUUCGAAAAUCUUUUCCACAGAAACUAUUGGCCCAAAUUCAAAAUAAGUUCACAGAAAUAUUCCUUAGGUGACCCCUAUCAAAUUCCUCCAUCCCAUGUUGUUUUAUAAAAAAUCUGAUGGCCAGGGCCGUCAUUGAAAUUAGACUUUCGGAUGAACAAGCCCGAAUUCUUAUACCAUUGCAUGGAAUCAUAUUUUUGAACAAGCCCUGCUAUAUAAAAUUCAGAAUUUGAGCAAGCCCAGAAGACAUUUUACCAGUGCAGGGCUUGCGGGGUUGUGCUAAUUUCGACCACUGCCAAGGGUGGGCUACUUUUCUCUAUAAGUCUAUAUUGAAAACUCCUCAGAAUUCCCUGAUUUAAAAUAACUUCACAGAAAAUUUUCCUUAAGUGACCCUCAAUCAAAUGCUUCACCCCAUGUUGAAUCGUUAGAUAAUAUGGCUGAAAUAGAGGCAUCCCAGUGAAGUCUAAAUGGGCCAGACUGUUGAGAAGCAAUUGUUGACGGAGCCCAGACAGGCAGACGGUAGGAAAAGUUCACCCUGAGUACUUCUUGCUCAGAUGAGCAAAAAAGAAUCCUAGUUUACACUUUUCUGACCAAACAAUAAUUUUUAUAGAUGGUUACUAAAAUUGUUCAACACUAGAAAAUAGAAAUCCAUUGAUUAAAAAUUUAUAUUGAAAGAUAUGAAUGGAUUUUCGCUUCAACAAUAUUUGUUUAAUAUAUGAGAAAUUUCUUGGGGCACUUGAACACAGUCUACAAUCUACAUCAUUUAUUGACAGUCACUAUAAUCAAUCAAACAUAAAUAUACCCUAAUUUAGUAUGUGUAGUUUGGUGCAAUUAUUGUCAUUUGUACCAUAUUGGAGAGUAUUAUGUCUCCCCCUCUCUGGGGGAGACGUAUUGUUUUUGCCCUGUCCGUCAGUCCGGUAGUCCGUCAGUCCGUCAGUCCGUCCAUACGUCACACUUCGUUUCCGAUCGAUAACUGGAAAACCGCAUGACCUAGGAUCACCAAACUUGGUAGGGAGGUUGGUCAUGAGGUGUAGAAGAUCCUUAUUGUUUUUGGGGUCACUAGGUCAAAGGUCAAGGUCGCGGCGACCCCCAAUGUAAAAAACAUUUCCGCUCAAUAUCUUGACAAUGGUUUGACCUAGGUUCACCAAACUUGGUAGGGAGGUUGGUCAUGAGGUGUAGAAGAUCCCUAUUGUUUUUGGGGUCACUAGGUCAAAGGUCAAGGUCGCGGCGACCCCCAAUGUAAAAAAACAUUUCCGCUCAAUAUCUUGAGAAUGGUUUGACCUAGGUUCACCAAACUUGGUAGGGAGGUUGGUCGUGAGGUGUAGAGGAUCCCUAUUGUUUUUGGGGUCACUAGGUCAAAGGUCAAGGUCGCGGCGACCCCCAAUGUAAAAAACAUUUCCGCUCAAUAUCUUGAGAAUGGUUUGACCUAGGUUCACCAAACUUGGUAGGGAGGUUGUUCGUGAGGUGUAGAGGAUCCCUAUUGUUUUUGGGGUCACUAGGUCAAAGGUCAAGGUCGCGGCGACCCCCAAUAUAAAAAACAUUUCUGCUCAAAAUCUUGAGAAUGGUUUGACCUAGGUUCACCAAACUUGGUAGGGAGGUUGGUCAUGAGGUGUAGAAGAUCCCUAUUGUGUUUGGGGUCACUAGGUCAAAGGUCAAGGUCGCGGCGACCCCCAAUGUAAAAAACAUUUCCGCUCAAUAUCUUGAGAAUGGUUUGACCUAGGUUCACCAAACUUGGUAGGGAGGUUGAUCAUGAGGUUUAGAAAACUCCUAUAUUUUGGGGGGUCACAAGGUCAAAGGUCAACGUCGCUGUGACCUCUAAUGUAAAAAAAUAUUUCCGUGCAAUAUCAGGAGAAUGCUUUGAUCUAGGUUCACCAAACUUUGAAGUGAGGUUGGUCAUGAUGUCUAGUUGAUUUUGCAAUCAGUUGGUCAAAGGUCAAGGUCACUGACCUUGAGGUGAAGAACUGGUUUCUGCUCAAUAACUCAAGAACGUUUACACCCAGGAACUUCAUACUUGGUAUGCCAGUUAGUCAUGACUAGUUGAUGGCCCCUAUUGAUUUUGGGAUCCAUCAUUGAUUAUUUCUCACCUACGACCACACAAUGGGGGAGACAUGCGCUUUUUCAAAAAAGCAAUCUCUAGUUUUCUUUGUUUUCCAUCCAUGUAUCAACUCCCUUGUAGAAUGACACCCAUACAGCAGAACUAUUACCGUACAAAAAGUAAGGUGCUGAAUUACUGCAGUACUUCAAUUUACCCACACUAUAUAUUGCAAGGCUAGUGGCAAUAUGAUACAAAACAGUUGCUUCGUCCACUACCCUGGUGAUUGAAUUACACAUGUAACUUACACGCACGUCACGCUUGUUGUGUGUAAUUACAAUUACUGGAGUAGUGGGUGCAGUAACUAACUCAUUUUCAAUAUUUUAAAGUUUAGCAUGUAUUGUAAAUCAAAAUGUUUUUUAUUAUUCAUGUUUUCAGUUUAUUUUUUUGUUUGAGAUUUUGUUAUAUUUAUUUUUUUAUCUUAGAACAUUCAUUAUUAAAUGUUAUAUCUCGUUAAAAUAAAUUGUAAAUAUGUU